UUAACCCUCAAUUGCUCUCCUGUAUAAAUAAGAUGAAUGUAAGUUGCUCUGGAUUAGGGCAUCUGUUAAAUGCUGCAAAUGUUAUUAUGUCAUGGAUCUUGUACCGAUCAAUCUCCAUGUGAGGAAAAAAUAUAGCAAAAAAACUCCACCUUUAGACCUAAAGACCACCUUUAUAAAAAAUUCUAAAUAUCCAAGCUAUUGUAAAUAUGCAUAAUUAAUCAAGCCUAGUAGGGUGUUGCUAGCUGCUCUGAAAUUAAUAAAAUACAGUUACUGCAAUCUUCAUUUAUUUUAAAAUGAAUGUUAAUAGCUUCUGUGUUCAACAGCCUUGAAUGGAUCGUUAAUGAUUCAUACAGUAUGUAUGUGCAGGUUAUUUUGCACUGAAGGCUUAUUGAAGAUUACUAAACUAACGCUUCCUUCACAAUGUUCCUUUGUUGCUGAAAGAGAUUAAUGUGUCAAGUGACUUGAGUCGUAGGCUCAAGUCUCCUAACCUUUUUUUAGCCUCUCCAGCAUCUCUCACUUCAGUGCUGCUCAUGAAGCCUUUCACCCUUCGUUUCCUUACACACUGAUCCUGACAGCAUUAGUAGUGUUUGGUUAAAGAAGUUCUUCUCAGCAGCAGAGAGCAAGAGAUGACAGUGACAUACUCUCGCAGGGUUGCCGAUGCUCGUCUCGGGACCUUCUCUCACCUCUUACUGCGGUGGAAAGGAAGCAUUUACAAGCUGCUGUACCGAGAGCUGCUCAUCUUUAUUGUGCUUUACUACAUCAUCAGUGUCCUUUACAGAUUCAUCUUGGAUGAUGGGCAGAGGAGGAUGUUUGAGAAACUCGCCAUCUACUGUGAUCAGUAUGCACAACUCAUCCCUGUAUCAUUUGUUCUGGGUUUUUAUGUUACUCUGGUGGUAUCUCGCUGGUGGGGGCAGUUUGAGAGCACCCCAUGGCCAGAUCGAUUGGCGAUGUUGGUCGGGGGAUACGUUCGGGGGGCAGAUGAAGGUGCCAGGCUAAUCCGCAGGAGUCUGGUGCGUUAUGCCAACCUGUCUGGCAUCCUCAUCUACCGGUCUGUCAGCACUGCUGUCUAUAAGAGGUUUCCCACCAUGCAGCACCUGGUACAGGGAGGACUGAUGUCAGUAGAGGAACUGAAGCAGCUGGAAGAAUUGCCUUCUCCUCAUAAUAAAUUCUGGGUUCCUUGCGUGUGGUUUGUGAAUCUGGCACUGAGAGCACGGACAGAGGGACGCAUCAACAAUGACGUUGCACUCUCUGCCAUUCUAAACGAGUUAAAUACGUUGCGCUCACAGUGCAUGAAGCUGUACAGUUAUGACUGGAUCAGUCUGCCACUUGUUUACACUCAGGUGGUAACUGUAGCUGUAUACAGUUUCUUCUUGGCUUGUCUGAUUGGUCGCCAGUUUCUCGACCCUGCCCAAGGCUACCAGGGUCACGACCUGGACUUCUAUCUUCCUGUCUUCACACUGCUGCAGUUCUUCUUCUACGUUGGCUGGCUCAAGGUGGCAGAACAACUUAUCAAUCCCUUCGGGGAAGACGAUGAUGACUUUGAGACAAACUGGCUGGUGGAUCGCAACCUUCAGGUAUCUCUGUUGUCAGUUGAUGAAAUGUAUGAUCUGCUUCCGAUGAUAAAGAAGGAUAAAUACUGGAACGAAUCAGAGCCUCAGGCGCCGUAUACAGCUGCCAGUGCUGAACACCAAAAACCCUCGUACAUGGGCUCUGCUCUGGACAUCAGUGUUUCGAAAGAAGAUAUGGAAUUUCAGCAUAACCUGGAGCAGAUCAAGGAGCAUGAGGAAGCCAACCACUCCACUCCUCUUUUGGGCAAUCUGACUCGUUUGCUUGGCGUGCAGUCACCAAAUUUUCACCGCUCUCCAACCACAUCUACUUCCUCUAGGGUUUCUCUUCUCCGUCGCCGCCCACGUGCUCCUUUUAGCCGUUUCCCUCUCUAUCUGCAUCCGGAAGCCCCUGUGAUGCAGAACCAGAACCAAAAUCCGCCUGAAUAUGACAUGGCUGAGUAUGCUUUUUCCUCCAUGCCCCUGUACGAGAGACCUGGUUUCUAUAGUUGCCCUCAGACACCCAUCCACUGUGUGCCUCCAUCUGUUGUCAAUCGUCCUCGCGCACAACGAAGAGCACUGGGUGACCUGGUGCAAAGCACCAGCUCAGAUUCUUACUCUCUGCUAGGCUCACAUCUGUUGCCUCCUGAUACGCCAGGUCGCAUGCCCUGUGCCACAGGUUUCACUGGGAUAGCAGAGGAUGGCUCAGAAAACCCUUCUGCAUCCACUUUCUCCUUCCCUGAUCCUGCAGCAGAGACGUGCCCUCCAAGCAAAGUGUGGCCAAAUCAGGCAUUGCUAUCCCAUCGUCCACUGCCUUCUUGUCUUUCAAUGGACACUCCUCUUCCAACAGAAGGACAGCUGAGACCGUUGAGUGCACGUGCAGUCAGUGGAGGCGGAGAGAGAGUGUUCUCCUUCACUCCUCCCAUACGAAAUCCCAUUCAGAGCAGCAGGAGCUCAGGAUGCAUAAACGCAUCCAGCACAGCCAACAGUAACACCAACAAUACCAACAGCAGCAUGGGUAACCUGUGUAGUUUCAUGGGUCUUGCAUGUGGCUCUAGUAGCAACACAAGACUCGUCAACAGAGGCACUAUGGCAUUGAAUAACUCAACCAGUCCCAUCACUCCUACUACUGCAAACACAAUACAGCAAACAGCAAGUCAGCAUCAUACCCCCAAGGAUUCUGGGAUCUCAUUAUCUCAGGAGGAUUUACUGGGAGGUUUAGUGGUGCAGAAUGGAACUGCGAUACCCAGUAGGGUGCAGGAACAGUGAGUUCCUUGAAGAGUUCUUUCUUUAUGCUGCAUGUAAAUAUGGCUAUAUUAUACGUAUACAUCACAAAAUGGACAAACAAAGGAACAGUUACCGUGGUCACAAUGAGAUAAUGUGUGGCACGAUAAACAUAUGGAUUAGAAGUGGACUCAUGAUGAUAAGACUUGUGGUAAUGGAAGUUCACCUUGACUGGGGGCAGGAAAGUCAGUUGGCAACAGCUUCUGGGAUAUUUAGUAAGCAAUCACAAAAUAGCAAACGGAACAACAGCUGCUGUGGUUAAUAAAAAUCUGCUCUGGUUUAUAUUUAUGGCAUUUAGCAGACACCCUUAUCCAGAGUGACUUACAACUGAGAGUUAAGGGCCUUGCUCAUGGGCCCAGCAGUGGCAGCUUGGUGGACCUGGGGUUCAAACCCAUGACCUUCCGAUCAGUAGCCCAAUACCUUAACCACAGAGCUCUGGUUAAUAUGAGUGUGUUACUAUAUACAUAUACAAACAUGUUGCAUUUGUCUUCUGCAGUCCUGUUGUAUUUCAGAAUAAUCUUUUAUUUUUGUUUUAUUUACUAUAUCAUUUAUUUUAUUUACCUAUAUUUACUACAGGUUAAAAUAUGUUACUGAACAAUAUCUUAAAUUUACUGAAUUGUCAUUAAAGUGUGCUUAAAUUUACUGGAGUCAAAUAAAAAAAAAGAAAAAGAAAAGAAAAGACAAACUUGGUAUAUUUACUGAGGACAAACUCAAUACAAAAAUAUAAACAAAAGCCUGUUAUUAACUUUGCCACUAGUUUUCAUGUUCUCACAUAAGUGCUGGCUCUUUCUUUAAAAACUUAAACUCAAAACUGACAAUUAACCUCAUACAGACAUGCUCAAAUUAACAUUAACGAAAAAGAUAAAUAAAUGCUUUAUAAGUGCAGUGCAUUAUUAGUUCAUGUUGACUAAGGUAGUAAACUAACUAAUGAACCCUAUUGUAAAGUGUUACCCAAUUAUUUAGAUUAAAAUAUGUAGAUCACUUAGUGGGUAGCACGUUCGCCUCACACCUCCAGGGUCGGGGUUCGAUUCC